UUUUCAAUGUUGUCUAACUAUGUGUAGAAAUUUAACAGCUGAACUAUUGGGAUUCGAUGAUUAUAUUCCUCCCUAUGCAUCAGCCAGUGAUGAUGUCAUACUAAAAGGAGUCAAUUAUGCAUCUGCAGCUGCUGGAAUUAGAGAGGAAACUGGACAGCAACUGGGAGGGCGCAUUAGUUUUAGUGGCCAGGUGCAAAAUUACCAAACUACUGUGUCUCAAGUGGUAAAUUUACUUGGAAAUGAGGAUCAAGCUGCAACAUACUUGAGCAAGUGUAUUUACUCAAUUGGAUUGGGUAGCAAUGAUUAUCUAAACAACUAUUUCAUGCCUCAAUUUUAUUCCACAGGGAGUCAGUAUACACCAGAUGAGUAUGCUGAUAAUCUUAUUCAAUCAUAUACUGAACAACUUAAAACUCUUUAUAAUUAUGAAGCAAGGAAAAUGGUACUAUUUGGGAUUGGUCAAAUAGGCUGCAGCCCAAAUCAAUUGGCCUAAAACAGCCCUGAUGGAACAACAUGUGU